AGCCCAUGCUAAAUUUCAAAUCUGGAGUCUUGACUUCCAUUCACACGGCUUAAGAGAUUCUUCAUUGUCGUUGAAGCUUCUUCAUUUCAGAGCUUUUCUAAUUCCAUCUCCAUUCACCAUACAAAUCCGAAAUUAGGGUUUUUCUUUUCUCCCCAAAAGUACCUUAAUAAUCCCAUGGAUUUCCAGAAGAAGAGAAUCCAUUUACUGCUCUUCAUAGUUGGCAUCAUCGUCCUCAGUAUCACAGCUGAAAAAUGUCGGCAACUGCUUGGGGAAGAGCGUGCAUCUCAGAGUGGGAAGUUUACAUUCUUGAACUGCUUUGAUAUGAGUUCCGGAACACUAGCUUGUUCUGUGAAAGAGGGAGUGAAGCUGUAUGUUAACAACAUCAGAGCUGCUCAUGUUGAGAUGGUAAGGCAUAAAGCGAUUGAAAGUGAAUUGUCUGAUGCAUUGUCACAGGGGAUAUCUGCUAAAGAUGCAGCCAAACAAGCACAGGAAGCAGGAGCAAAGGCAGCGAAGCUGGCAACUCGGCAAGCCAAGCGGAUAAUAGGUCCUAUCAUCUCGUCCGGAUGGGACUUCUUUGAAGCCAUAUACUAUGGUGGUACAAUUACAGAAGGGACCAUCAGGGGCACGGGAACCUUGUUUGGCACCUAUGGAGGAGGCUUUGUAGGAGAGCAAAGGCUUGGGAGAUUUGGUUACCUUCUGGGAAGUCAAUUGGGCAGUUGGGCAGGAGGUAGGAUUGGAUUGAUGGUAUAUGAUGUGAUUGAUGGAGUGAACUACUUGCUCCAAUUUGGUCUACCUGAAAACAGUGAAGUUCGUGAAACUUCCGCUUAUGAAAGUUCUGAAGGUUCUGAUGACUCUAAUGUUGAUGAAGUCCCCACAUAUGAGAACCCUGAAGCUGAAGCCUAUGAAACCUAUGACAGCUCCGAAGCAUAUGAACAUUCUGAACUGAGGUGAAUGAAAUGAAUUAGGUCCAUUCCGUUCUUUUACGCGAAAUCUUAUUCUGUAGAUGUAAUAUAAGAAAAUAGGUCGGGUGACUCGUUCAUAUUUGUGUAUAACUUUACAUACGGAUGGUAUUUCCACAGAAUUGCAUGCUUCAUUCUUA